AAAGCCAUUUUACACAGACACAGUAUCGGUAUCGGAGAGGAGAAGAGAACGGUGAAGACUGAAACUAGCAAUCGAAAACGCAACAACACACUUCAAUUCAUUAAUGAAUGAAUGAAUGAAUGAAGAAAAAUGGCGAAAAAACUUUUGAAAUUGAAUAUUCCAUGUAGAAGAAGAUCAUUCUCCUCUGAAACUCCAUCUCUUUACUCAUUCCUUCAACCUUGUUUGUUUUCCAUCAACAACAAAUCUCAUGAUGAUGAUGAUAAUGAACCCCAAAAUCUCCCAACUUCAGCACCACACUCACUCUCUCUCACACCUCACCAACUUACUACUCUUCAAACAACUCUCCACAAAUCCCUCAUUACUACUCAAACUGAUGAAGCUUGGAAAUCCUUCAAAACCCUCACUACCCACCAUUCCUUCCCACCUAAACCCCUCACCAAUUCCCUCCUCACCCACUUAUCCUCUCUUGGUGACAUUCACAAUCUCAAAAGAGCUUUUGCAUCUACCAUCUUUCUCAUUCAAAAGAAUCCCAACCUUCUCCAUUUCGAUACAAUCCAUACCAUGCUUCUUUCAAUGAAGUCUGCCAACACUGCUUCCCCUGCUUUUGCACUUGUUAAGACAAUGUUCAAAAACAGAUUUUUUAUUCCUUUUCAUUCGUGGGCCGGCGUGCUCGUUGAUAUUGCUAGGAACAAUCAUAACCUUGCUGCUUUCUUGCCUCUUUUUGAAGAGAAUUGCAGGGUUGCUUUCGAUGAGAAGUUGAAUUUCAUGAUGCCUGAUGUUUCUGCUUGUAAUGCUGCUCUUGAAGCGUGCUGUUUUCACCUUGAAUCGGUAAGCGAUGCUGAGAGAGUUGUUGGAAUAAUGUCAAAUCUUAGUGUUAAGCCUGAUGAAUUUAGUUUUGGAUUUCUUGCUUAUUUAUAUGCACUUAAGGGGUUACAAGAUAAGAUAGAUGAGUUAAAAGUUUUGAUGUCUGGGUUUGGUUACUCAAAAAACAAUAAAUGCUUCUAUUCUAAUUUGAUUAGUGGGUAUGUUAAGUCUGGUAAUUUAGCUUUUGUGGAGUCCACAAUUAUUAGUAGUCUGAAUGAUAGAGAUGAGAGGGAAGUUUGGAAUUUUGAUAGAGACACUUUUUGUUUAGUAAUUAAGGAAUAUCUUCAGAAGGGAAAUAUUAAGGGUUUAGCUAAUUUGAUUAUUGAGGCUCAGAAAUUAGAGUCUUCAAAUAUCAAAGUUGAUGAGUCUAUAGGUUUUGGUAUUGUUAAUGCAUGUGUUAGUAUUGGACUGUCGGAUAAAGCACACAGUAUUCUUGAUGAAAUGAAUGCUUUGGGAGGCUCGGUGGGUCUUGGGGUCUAUGUACCCAUCUUGAAGGCUUACUGCAAAGAAAAUCGAACUGCUGAGGCUACUCUAUUGGUCGUGGAUAUUAGUAGUUCUGGUCUUCGGUUGGAUGUGGAAACCUACGAUGCUCUGAUAGAAACGUCCAUGUCCGGUCAAGACUUUCAGUCGGUCUUUUCUCUGUUUAGGGACAUGAGAGAGGCGAGGGUUCUUGAUUUGAAAGGGAGUUACUUGACUAUAAUGACAGGUUUGAUGGAGAAUAAUCGACCUGAGUUAAUGGCAGCUUUCUUAGAUGAAGUGGCUGAGGAUCCUCGUAUUGAAGUCGGUACUCACGAUUGGAAUUCUAUAAUCCACGCUUUUUGUAAAGCUGGGAGACUAGAAGAUGCACGGAGGACUUUCCGAAGGAUGACAUUCCUGCAAUUUGAGCCAAAUGAUCAGACAUACUUGUCACUGAUUAACGGAUAUGUUUCGGCACAGAAAUAUUUUGAUGUAAUGAUGUUGUGGAAUGAGGUUAAGCGCAACUUAUCGGUGGAUCGACCGAAGCGGAUCAAAUUUGACCAAAAUCUGGUUGAUGCAUUCCUGUAUGCUAUGGUCAAGGGAGGUUUCUUUGAUGCUGUGAUGCAAGUUGUGGAGAAAUCUAAAGAGAUGAAAAUAUUUGUUGAUAAGUGGAGAUACAAACAAGCAUUCAUGGAGACCCAUAAAAAGCUCAAAGUGGCCAGGUUAAGAAAAAAGAAUAUUAGAAAAAUGGAAGCGCUUAUUGCUUUCAAGAAUUGGGCUGGCUUAAAUGCGUGAACUAUAUGCACUGGUGAGUGGCUACUGCUUAUCUCAAUGAUUAAACCAUGACUUCUGGAUAAAACAGGUAAAAAUGAAAGUUGAGGAAGGAUUCAACAUGCAUGUUCUUUCAAGAAGCAAGCUUUAAUUUCACAACUUUAGAGCACUUCAAUUUCUUACUUCAAUAACAACAGAAAUUUGGGCUUGCGGGUUUAUGUACAGUUGGGGAGUCUCUACUAUUGUUUGUUCACAUGGUGAUGUCAUGAGUGUUGCAAUGAGAUCUAAGUGUGUUUUAUCUUGGAAAAGAAGUUGGGCUGGAGGCUACGACUUAAAGGGAGCAGAUGGAUGAGUUUGAAGUGCUUCAUGCUGCGUUGAGGGUUGUGUGUGAUGUACAAGACUAAGGUGACACUUCAGUUUCACCAAUUUUCCUUCAUCGUCAGAGUGAGUUACUUGGUGGAUAGGUCUUCAACGGGGCUACUUUGGUUGUGUUUGUAGUUUGUGGAGUUUUGACUUUAAAUUUUGUAUUGCUCAUCUGUGUUCUUCCAAAUUCUUUUAAAUAUAGUGUCCAAUUAUAGAGGUUUGUAUUAUUUGUGCUCUGGUGGUGUAAAAUUUUUUUAAACAUACAUUCAAUGACGCGUUGCCACAUCAUUUAAUGAAUGUGACACACCAUGUGUUUUUAAUUACCUUAUAUGAUGUGUCGGUAUAUUAUUGGAUGUAUGUGCAAAAUAACUUUCCACCGAUAGUGCAUAUAAAUUAAAUUGUUGUAUUAUAUUGGUGGUUGUCCAUAUUAUCAGUUUAAAUAAAUUACAUUGGUUGAAUUCCAUUUGACUCAAUUUUUUUUACUUUUCUUAAGA